AUGUCGAAUUUCAAGUCCACGGAGAAAGAGAAACUUCGCCUUCAACUUCUUGAAAACCGCCUCCUGGAAACUGAGCGGCACAAUCAGAUUCUGAUGGAGAGGCUGAAAAAGCAAGAAGCGACGCUCAGGCAUAUGGACCACCAUCUGCCGAAAAGGGCUACGACAACCACUGACCUGAUCCCCAAUACCACAAACAAAGGUUUCGUCAAACAGAAUUUAUCCAUGCACAGCAUUACAGAAGAACAAAAGCGAAACAAGACUGUACAUUUUUCUUCGAAUGCUGCUUUAGAAAUAGCUGAAAGAUCGCAUUCCAAGUUUGAAGGUGCAAAGCCAAGAGCAACAACAACGGAUGAUUCAGUGAAAGUUGAUGUCAAACCUAUUGAGAGAAUGCUCAUCAUGCAAGCGGAGUCAGGCACUGUGACCUCGGGCAAGGCUGGAUCUCGUGUGCAGAUUGCAAGGAGCCCAGAAGUUGUCUUCACCACGCAGCUCUGGAUGUGCACCAAGUUUGGAAAUUUUCUUGCUCGGCAUGAAGCAGGGAGGAGUCAAGAACUGCUGGCGAUCACAAGCAGAGGCUUGAUCGAGCAUGGAGCGAAGUACAAGAUCACUCCUGUGAAGGUCUCAAAUGAAUGCCGCGCCUGGAUGCAGCACUGGGACUCAUUCUACCUGUAUUCGUUGUCUCCCACGUGUAUGCCUCCAUUGGUCCUCCUCAUCCUCUCGACGUCUCUGGACGCUCGCCAUGCAACUCCCGGUCGACAGCGAGCACAGGCAUGCAGACUGUGCAUGAAGAAGACUCCGAAGGAUCAGGCAGAUCGCCUCAAGCAGGACGGGAUCGCUGCGCUCAUUCAGGGCAGGACAGAGCUAGCCAACGACCUACUGACCAAGUACGUCGAGAGGAGCGAGGAGGCCGACGCCAAGGUUCUCAAUGCACUCGGAUCCAUCCGAUCGAAUGCGGAAAAGUGGGAGGAAGCGAUCGUUUUUUUCUCUCAAGCCAUCGACGCGAGCUUGAGAGCAGGGGACAAGGCCUCUCAGGCGAACGCUCACUUCAACCUGGGCAACGUCUUCUCGUCGAUGCAAAGGCUCGAGAAAGCGUCCUCCAACUUCGAGCGGGCGGUAGAGAUCAUGCCGGGCGACGUGGAAGCGAUCACGAAUCUUGCGCUCUGCCAGAUCAAGCUUGGCGAGAACACGCUGGCGCUACAGCAAUUGGAACGAGCAUAUAUGCUCGACCCGAAGAAUCACAUUGUAGCUCUCAACUACGGAAACUGCCUGGCAGAUGCCGGAAUGAACUCGCAGGCUGUGGAUGUUUUGCAGGCUGCCGUCGAACUCAGCGAUGGAAUGGACUCGGAGCUCUUUUUGAACCUUGGGGUUGCAGCGAAAAGAAGCGGUGAGCAUGGUCUACCCGAUCAAGUUCUUGCGAAAAGGCUCAUGCUGGCUCAGAUUGAGGACGGAGAGAGGUCACUGCGGUCCAAGGAUCAAGAUUGGUAUCUGACGGAGAAAGAGAAUGCGGAAUACGCUCGGUUGCGAAAGCAACUAGAUUACAAAGUCCCCGAGCAGAUCGUCGAGCUGCUCCUUCAGAACGUGAUGAAUCAUUCUAGCCUGAGCAGUCCGGACCAGAUAUCGUGGAAUUCUGUCCUCGACGCAGGUUGCGGUUCAGGACUGGUGGGCGAGGCGAUACACGAAUACACCGAUCGUAUUUUUGGCGUCGACAUAUCACAGGAGAUGGUGAAGAAGACCAGGGAGAGGAGAUGUGCAGAUGGUCAGAAGAUGUACACCAUGGUAGAAGAUCAAGAGUUGGUUGCCUAUAUGAGGGCGCAGGGCGAGAGCUCAUGUUUUGACGCGAUUGUGGCUGCGGAUGUCUUGUGCUACUUUGGAGACCUUGUAGAUUUUUUCAAGGAAGCUCGACGAAUCCUUGCAACGGGUCAAUGCUCCGGUUGGUUGGCUUUCAGCACGGAAGAUGUUGUGGAAGGCAAGGAUGAUGGCAAGGCGGCCAGGGGAUUCUGUCUCCUCAACACAGGGAGGUACGCUCAUCGUGUCAAUUAUGUCUCUGAGAAGCUCAGUGCUGCUGGUUUCUCAUAUGUCAGCUCCACCAGCAGGACUCUGCGCAAGAGUGGAUCUCAAGUGAUCAAAGGGAAAAUCUGGAUCGCAAGGACUUGA